UGUAACACUGGCCUUAUUGACCACCAUCUUAGAUCUCAAACCCUAACAAACGCAUCCUAUUCCUUUCUCUCAACCCAACAAUAUCUUUUAUCUAGCCAAAACAAGAUACACCAAAUCAUUGAAUGCCCCUCUACAGUGCUGCCAUGUUUCCUUCACACCAAAAUAAUCAGCUUUCCUUCCAGAUUUCUUCAACUCCGUACCAAGAAAACACAAUUCCACAAGAUCUGCUGCUGAUCCCGGGUCAUUCUACUGUGGAUGGCAUUGACCCAAGUAAGAAGAAUAACAUGGGAAAGGGCCGGCAGCGAAAUCCAUGUCUUAGUCACAAGAAAGAUGAGAAUAAUACUGUCGCAAUUAGUACCAAGGGCAAGAGGAUUAUACAUAGAGAUAUUGAGAGACGAAGAAGGCAAGAGAUGGCCACCCUUUACACUUCGCUUAGAAAUCUACUACCUCUUGAAUACAUUAAGGGAAAGCGGGCAAUAUCAGAUCAUGUCCAGGAAGCUGUAAAAUAUACAAAGGACCUGCAAAAGAAGAUUGAAGAACUUAGUGUCCGCAGAGAUGAGAUGAAAAACCUAUCCAAUUUGAGGGUUCUUGAUUCUGAGGAUGAGAGGUUAAAUAGCUUUGCACCAACUUCUGUAAUGGUACGCUCAUGUUUUGCUGGGGUCGAGGUCGUUAUCAACAGUGGUUUUGGGAAGCAAGUUUUGCACCUUUCAAGAGCACUGGAAUUGCUACUAGAAGAAGGGCUAGAUGUUUUUAGUUGCAUUUCCACCAGAGUAAAUCAAAGAGUUAUCCAUACCAUUCAAUCUAAGGUCAGCUACAUGACAUGCAUUGAUACAUCUGAGCUGCAAAACAAACUAAUUGAAGCAAUUCCUUCAACAUGUGCUGAAAAUUCCUAGUAAUUAGCAAUAUACCUAUGCUCAUUAGGGAUUAACUCCUCCAGUACAGUGUAUCAUCUGAUUUCACGAGAACUUGAGGUUGGUUCCGUUCACUUUUGUAUGAAUAAAAAAUAUU